GAGUUCCUGGAGGAGUUCCUGAGUGGAAAUGUGCUGUUCGGUUCCUGGUUCGACCAUGUGAAAAGCUGGAUUGGAGUAAAGGACAGACCCAAUGUCUACUUUGUCUCUUACGAAGAGCUCCAGCAGGACAUGCGGGGCACUGUGCAGAAGAUCUGCCACUUCCUCGGUAAGGAGCUGACCUGCCAGCAGCUUGAUUCCGUGGUGGAAAAUGCCUCAUUCCAGGGGAUGAAGGAGAACAAAUGGUUGCAGCCCUCCCAGUUGCCAGUGGAAUUUUUUGAACCUAUGAAAGGGACUAUAUUAAGGAAAGGGAUCUCUGGGGACUGGAAGAACCACCUGACGGUGGCACAGAGCGAGCACUUUGACCGUGUGUAUCGAGAGAAGAUGCAGGGUGUAAGAUUCACCUUCCCAUGGGACUGAAGAAGGCCAGACUGAUGCUUGCACUGUUUUGUGGUCUUCCUCUCUGUAUCUCCCAUACCUCAUGUUGUAUCUAGCACAUGAUCAAGCUGUAUAGCAAAGGAAUUCUUACUUAUGUAGAAAUGCAUGAGCUUAGCAAUAGUCCCUGUGGACUGAAAGAGCAUUAUACACAACCACAAGGCAAGCAAAUACACACUUACACACAUUCCUCCAACACAGGG